AUGCAGCAUCAAGCAUCAACUGAAUUAAAUGAUUUUAUUGAUUAUUCAUCAUUUAAUGAUUCAAUAAAUUUCGAAGAAUAUUUUACCAAUAAAAAUGAUAAUCAAUUAACAUUAACGAAAUUAUUUGCACUUUUAAGAACAUGGAAUAAAAGUGUACAUGAUAAUUUUGCUAAACUUAUUCUUUUAAUAUUAGAAAAAGAGAUUAAUAUUAAUGAGUAUGAUGUAGUAACAGGAAUGAAUUUACUUCAUUUCACAUGUAAAUUUGGUGCAAAACAAAUUGGACAUGAACAAGAUGCAAUACAAAUCAUGAAUAUACUUAUUGAUAAAGGUAUUAAUCUCUCGGCUUCAUGUUUAUGGAUGCAAAUGAAUUGUCUUCAUUAUUGUGCUUUCUUUGAUUCUUCCUCAAUCUGCGAGCUUCUAUUAAAACAAUCGAAAGUUUUAUCUCUAUUAAAUCAACCUUGUUUUUCCUUUAAAAAUAGCAGUCCAUUACAUUUAGCAUGUGCAACUUUAUCUUUAUCAACAGCUGAAAUUUUAUUAAAAGCUGGAGCUAAUAAAAAUAUACUUGAUGACCAACAAAGAACACCUUCUGAUUGCAUUCCAACAAUGAAUAAUGAUGAACAACAACAACAAAUUGCAGAGACAUUACGAGCUCUUCUUCCAGAUCAAGAAUCCGAAGAACAACAACAAUCACUUUUACUCGAUUCAACAAUAAGUAAUUCAGAACAUCAACCAACAACAACAAUGCAAUUUCAACAAGGUGAACGUAUUCGACUUACAAAUAAUAAAAUUGGAACAGUAAGAUAUUUUGGUAGUGUACCAUUUGGUGUUAAUCUGUGGUAUGGAAUAGAACUUGAUGAACCCUAUGGUAAACAUGAUGGAUGUGUAGGUGGAAUACGUUAUUUUACAUGUGCAGAAAAUAAAGGCAUUUUUGUACAACCAUCAUUCUUACAAAAAUUAACACCAGUACCUCAUUCACCGGAACGAGAACGUAGAUUUCGUCCAAUAAAUUUUCCACUACCGGAUACGAGUGCUAUUUCAAGUCGAAUUGAUUCUGGUUUAAGACGAGAUAGUUCAGCUGAUGGUCGAGGCAUAGAACCAUAUCAAGUCACUGAUCGUGUAUCUCUUUCAAAAAAUCGAAGCGGAACUGUGAAAUAUGUUGGACCAACACUAUUAGGAUCAGGUAUUUGGUAUGGUAUUGAAUUAGAUUCAUCCGAUGGUUUACAUGAUGGAUGUUUAAAUGCAGAUGGCCCAAGAUAUUUCCAAUGUAAACCACAGCAUGGUAUAUUUGUACGAGGGUUCAAUUUAAAAAAAUUAAAUACGAGUGAUCAACAAUCACAAUCAAUGAUGGAUUCAUUUGAUCAUGUGUCUAAACGAAAUUCAAGAAUGGUAGUUUCAGACUAUGAUCCAAGGAUGAUGUCAUCUAGUAUUAUUGACAAUGAUUCAUUCAGUAAAUCAACAAGUUCUGGUAUUCAAAGUAUGACAUUCCAAGUUGGCGAUAAAGUCUAUUGUCAUAAUCAUGCAGCUAUUGUACGUUUUAUUGGUACAACAUUAUUUUCCGAUGGUAUAUGGAUUGGUAUAGAAUUUUUAUCGGGAGCACUUGGUAAAAAUGAUGGAUCUGUUAAUGGACAUGUAUAUUUUCAAUGUAAACAAAAUUAUGGCUUAUUUAUUCGUCCAAAUCGAUUAACAUUAACAAAAAAAUAA